GAAAAGAAAAAUCAGAGGCAAAGUUCCACAUUUCCACUCCAUCACAAAUACAUUUACUUACUCAUCGUCUCUUCUUCUCACGAAUCACAACAUGCAACUCUCUUCUCUUGUUGUCUGUGCCAAUGCUGGUCAAUAACUGAAAAAGAAAACCCAGAUACAUAACCUUAAAAAGAAAAAAAAUACUAUGGCAACAAAUUCUAUCAAUGGAGAAUCAAACGACGACCACGAGUCUGUUACCAUUCCUCUUCUUACCUCUGAAAGAUCAAAUGUCAACUCCACUUCUCAAGUUGCCAUCGUUGGAGCUAAUGUCUGCCCCAUUGAAAGUCUUGAUUACGAGAUUGCUGAGAAUGAUCUCUUUAAACAAGAUUGGAGGAGUGGUGGGAAGAUACAAAUAUUCCAGUAUGUGUUCAUGAAGUGGUUGCUUUGUUUCUUGAUUGGCCUGAUUGUUAGCCUUAUUGGGUUUUUUAAUAAUCUUGCUGUGGAAAAUAUUGCUGGCUUGAAGUUUGUGGUCACCUCCAAUAUGAUGCUGGCCAAAAGGUUUGGGAUGGCUUUUCUUGUGUUCUCAGUUUCUAAUUUGACUCUUACCCUUUUUGCAUCUAUCAUCACCGCUUUUAUAGCACCAGCUGCUGCUGGUUCAGGUAUUCCAGAAGUUAAGGCUUACCUGAAUGGUGUGGAUGCGCCAGGAAUAUUUUCCUUGCGAACCUUGAUUGUUAAGAUUAUUGGAAGCAUAUCCGCAGUUUCCUCAUCUCUUUUUGUUGGAAAGGCAGGGCCAAUGGUGCACACUGGAGCAUGUGUUGCAGCAUUGCUUGGUCAGGGUGGAUCCAAAAGAUUUAGAUUAACAUGGAGAUGGCUUCAUUUUUUCAGAAAUGACCGAGACCGACGAGAUCUUGUAACAUGUGGGUCAGCUGCUGGAAUUGCUGCUGGCUUCCGCGCCCCAGUUGGAGGUGUGCUGUUUGCACUUGAAGAAAUGGCAUCUUGGUGGAGAAGUGUCCUUCUUUGGAGAUCUUUCUUCACAACAGCAGUAGUUGCAAUAGUGCUGCGGGCUCUGAUUGAUUUUUGUUUAAGUGGAAAAUGUGGGUUAUUUGGCAAAGGAGGGCUCAUAAUGUUUGAUGUGUAUUCAGCAAGUGUUACAUACCACCUCAUUGAUGUUCCUCCUGCGCUUGCCCUUGGAGUUAUAGGAGGCAUAUUGGGAAGUUUGUAUAACUUCCUUUUAGACAAGGUUCUUCGGAUUUACAACCUCAUCAACGAGAAAGGCAUUGCUUACAAAAUUUUUCUUGCUUGUGCAAUUUCUGUUUCCACAUCCUGUCUUCUUUUUGGACUACCGUGGCUUGCCUCUUGCCAACCUUGUCCAUCUGAUGCAUCUGAAUCCUGUCCAACAAUAGGCCGGUCUGGUAACUUCAAGAAAUUUCAAUGUCCUCCUGGACAUUACAAUGAUCUGGCCAGCCUUAUAUUUAAUACAAAUGAUGAUGCUGUAAGAAAUCUUUUCAGCAAGAACACCAACUCCGAGUUUCAAUAUUCGUCAAUUCUCAUAUUCUUUGUGACCUGCUUUUUUCUUAGCAUCUUUAGCUGUGGGAUUGUUGCCCCUGCGGGUCUUUUCGUUCCUGUUAUUGUGACUGGUGCAUCUUAUGGACGUUUUGUUGGAAUGCUAGUUGGUUCGCACUCAAGUCUUAAUCAUGGCCUCUAUGCUGUCCUAGGUGCUGCUUCAUUUUUAGGUGGAUCUAUGAGGAUGACAGUUUCUCUGUGUGUUAUUAUCCUAGAAUUGACCAAUAAUCUGUUGCUGCUACCCUUGAUAAUGCUUGUUCUUCUUAUUUCCAAGACCGUGGCUGAUGCUUUCAAUGGUAAUAUUUUUGAUCUUAUCAUGAAAGCAAAGGGCUUUCCUUACCUAGAGUCUCAUGCCGAGCCCUAUAUGAGGCAGUUGACUGUUGGUGAUGUAGUAACUGGUCCACUCCAGGUCUUUCAGGGCAUCGAGAAGGUUGGCAACAUAGUACAUGUUCUGAGAACUACAAGGCAUAAUGGAUUUCCUGUGGUUGAUGAGCCUCCACUUUCCGAGCCUCCAGUUCUUUAUGGUCUUAUCCUCCGUGCUCAUCUUAUUGAAUUGCUAAAGAAGAAAGCUUUCAUGUCCGCUCCAGUGCCAACAAGCAUUGAUGCCUUAAAGCUGUUCUCUGCUGGUGAUUCUGCAGAGAGGGGCUCAGGCAAUGGAGACAAGAUAGAGGAACUACGAUUUACUGAAGAAGAGAUGGAGAUGUUUUUAGAUCUACAUCCAUUUACUAAUGCUUCACCAUACACUGUUGUGGAGACAAUGUCACUGGCCAAGGCUCUCAUACUUUUCCGAGAAGUUGGUUUGAGGCAUUUAUUGGUGAUGUCCAGGAUAUCUGGUAGGUCCCCUGUUGUGGGUAUACUGACUAGGCACGAUUUCAUGCCAGAACAUAUACUUGGUCUGCAUCCUUUGCUGAUUAGAAGCAGGUGGAAAAGAUUAAGAAUCCGGGUGCCGCGUGUAUUCAAAUUCUUCUAGGGCAUCAGUCAAGCAGCUCGAGCUCGCCCUUGAAAUUAAUAUCGUACAUACCCUUAUAUGAGCUCCAAAAUACGGUAUCGUGCUAUCACCAUUCUUGAACUCUUUCCAUAGAAUCCAGAGCUAAAGAGACAGAUGAGAACAUCCAUUAAAUUAUCCGGCAGUUAAUAAUAGGUGGUAAUGUGUUCCUGACGAGGUAAAUUAUUGCGUCAUGAUGAUGCAUUGAUAGCCAGGAAAGCGUUUUCAACUAGUGAGAUAUAUUGUACUUAUAGCUCAGUGUAUAAAUGCAAUUGCCCUUUUGUGGGUUCUUUUUUACUUCUUGGAGACAGAGACAGAGUAAUCUCUGGAAAUUAGUAUAUUGACUUGAAUCAAAAUAGUUCAUACAAGGUUUCUUUUAAA